AUAGUUUCAUAAUUAAAUUAUAAAGCUAGAAAAUAUAUAUUAUAUCAAGCAUUAUAAUUAAUUCUAGCUAUAAUUAAUUAAACAUGAAAAUGAGCAAAGUUUUAAUCUUGGUUGCUUUGAUGGUGGUGCUUGUGGUAUUACCCGUACUAGCCCAAGAAGGCGUAGACGUUCCGGAUUGUGUCAACCAGCUCGACGACACUUGUGGGCCGUUCGUUAACUCGACCACCGCUCAGCCACCAGCGGAGUGUUGCGAGCCACUAGGGAUGGUGAUUCAGAAUGAUGUUCAAUGCCUAUGUACUAUCUUUAGCAGUGUCGAAAUUAUUCAGACCUUGAGCCUUAACGUGACUGAGGCAUUGACUCUGCCUAUGCGUUGUGGUUUCCAAUUUGAUUUACUUUCUGCGUGCCAGGCUCUUGCAGAAGGCCCAGCCACAGCUCCUGCUUCAGUUUUAAGCCAAGUUGGCGCUGCGAGCAAGUUGAGCAACAUUGCCUCCACUGGAACAGUUUUAUUGGGCUCGUUCUUUCUUUGGGUAACUUUUAUGUUCAAUUAAAGGCCCGAAUAAUGUCAUUGGGCCUGGACUUGAUCAUUCAACUCUUAUGUUCAGAUUUCAGCUUCUUUGCGUUUUUUGUGUUUCGAAAAAUUUUCCUGUUGCUAAUGUUGAUGUUUCUCAUUAUUGGCUGAGUCAUAUAAUGUAAAAGUUUGUAUAGACUUGGGCAAUACUAUUUUAGUGUGUAUUAACUUAAUAAUAAUAAGUAUUUUCGAAGCAU